AUGAGCGCUGACUGCGCUGCUUAUGUCUUGUUUACGUCUGGCACAACUGGUAUCCCCAAGGGUGUUGUAAUGGACCACCGAGCAGUCACAUCGAGCCAGAUCCAUCGAAGAACGCUCAAGGGAUACACAGAGGGCUGUCGAGUCUUCCAAUUCUCCUCGUAUACUUUCGACACUUGUAUCGACGAGAUUUUCAUGACCCUAGGUAACGGAGGCUGCGUUUGCGUUCCCUCUGAAGACGCAAGGAUGAACGGACUGGCAUCGGCGAUUCGAAACAUGGCUGUCGAAUUGCUAGAAGUAACACCUACAGUGGGUCGCCUAAUAGUUCCCAGUGAGGUCCCGUCAAUCAAGACCAUAGUUUUCGGCGGAGAGUACAUGUCCCAGCUCGAUUUCGCGCCAUGGAAAGAGAGGGCGCGAGUGUUCAACACUUACGGGCCGACCGAAUGCUGUGUCGAAUGUGUUAUCAGCGACGUCACCGGUGAAACUACUCCUGGACUCAUCGGGAAAGCGGCCGGAUCGAGCUUGUGGAUUGUCACACCGGACGACCAUAACCGUCUUGCACCUAUUGGUGCUGUCGGGGAACUCCUCGUCGAAGGACCGGCUCUAUCACGAGGUUAUCUCAACGACCCACAGAACACAGCAGCUUCGUUUAUCGAAGAUCCUCAUUGGCUCCUUCGCGGCACUACUGGGUUUCCUGGACGACACGGGAGACUGUACAAGACCGGAGAUUUGGUCAAAUACGUUAGCAAUGGCAGCCUAAUUUAUGUUGGACGAAAAGAUACUCAAGUCAAGAUAAACGGUCAACGGUUGGAGUUGGGAGAGGUAGAAGCUCAUGUGUCCAAGGUCGUUCCAGAAGGUACGCAUGUAAUCGCCGACAUACUGUCAUACCCAGAUGGGACCCAGGCUUUGGCGGCCUUUAUCCGGUUCCCGGAUGAAAGAGCUCUGGAGAAUGACACAACCCUUGCGAUAAUGCCUGGAGCGAGUGAUCUGCAGAGUAAACUAUUCCAGACUGUUCCGAGAUAUAUGGUGCCAACAGUUUUCUUCAAGAGCCGGAAAUUUCCUAUGACGUUAUCCGGAAAGACAGAUCGGAACCUUCUCCGCGAAUCAGCUAUUGACCUGAAGACGAUCGACAGCAGCCUGGAGAAGGAAACCAACAAUCAUGGGUUGUUACGACCUAUCAGCAGCCGGGAGCGGAAGCUCCAGCAAAUCUGGGCAACUGUGCUAAAGUUGUAUCCACCAAGAAUCGGGGCCAAUGACAGCUUCUUUGAACUUGGCGGAGAUUCAAUCGCAGCCAUCAAAGUUGCUGGUCUAGCGCGGAAGCAGGGAAUCAAAGUUGCUGUCGUUGACAUAUUCAAGAACCCGAGACUAUGCGAUCUUGCGGCAAAGUCAACCACUAAAUCUACUAAGACGAAAGAAGUUUCGGUUCCACCAUUCUCUCUGCUCGAGGAUGGCCAACUACUUCGUAAUCGAGUCGCAGUGGCUUAUAAAUUAGACCAAAGCACGAUUCAGGAUCUCUUGCCAUGUACCCCGCUUCAGGAAGGCCUUCUAUCAUUAACCACCCGUGAUAGCGGCGAGUACAUGAUCCAGAAGGUUCUCCAUAUUUCCGACGACAUUGACGCUGAGAGGUUCUGCAUGGCUUGGGAGGCAUCAAUUGAGCUUCUACCAAUUUUACGGACUCGAAUGUUUCUUGCAUCCGGAUAUGACGGGAUCCUCCAAGGAAUCAUUAGAGAAGGUGUGCACUGGAAAAAAGUCGACCGCCUAAAUGAGUAUCUGGAGCUUGACAGGGCUCAGCCUAUGGGUCUUGGGGACUCUUUGGCUCGGUAUGCACUGGUUGACAACGGAAACGACAGGUGGUUUGUCUGGACGAUCCAUCACUGCCUUUAUGAUGGCUGGACAAUGCCGCGCAUGCUUGCCAUGGUUGAACGUGCCUAUCAGGGUCUUAGCCAAGUACAGCCUGAUACAUUUAAUUCCUUCGUCAAAAGCUUCUUGAAGCGCAACAUUCAGGAGACUCAAGACUUCUGGAAAUCAUAUCUUGCCGAGGCGCAGGUCACACGGCUUCCAAAGCGUGCUCUGAGAACAGGGCCAAUACAUGAAAGAGGUUUAAUGGAAAAGAAACACGCAGUGGCCUUUGAGAACAAGAGAAGCUACGUCCCGUCAACAAUAAUACGCACGGCUUUGGGUAUUGUCCUAAGCCAGCUUACAGGCUCAGACGACGUAAUAUUUGGGACUACUGUUUCUGGUCGAUACUCCUCAUUAGACAACAUUGAGGAUAUCAUGGGACCAACGAUCGCCACUGUUCCAGUCAGAGUGAGGAUUGAGGACGCUAUGUCGAUUGGAGAAUUAUUAGCUGCUGUGCAGGAGCAGUCCACGACUAUGAUGCUGUACGAACACGAGGGUCUUCACAAUAUUGGGAGUCUCAGCCAAUCAUGCCAAGAUGCAUGUAAGUUUGAGACUUAUCUAAUAGUCCAGCAGCAGGAAGACAACUCAUCUUUCGAAUCUGGCUCCUUGGGCCGGUGGCAAGGAGAAUCGGGAACACGCAAUCGCUUCAGUACCUACCCUCUCAUGAUCGAAUGCUUCCUGGGAGAAGAUGGAAUGAACAUCCAGGCUCAGUUCGAUCAAGAAUUAAUCUCGCCGCUCGAGAUGGAAAGAAUGAUUGAUCAGUUCCAUGACGUCCUAAAUCAGCUAUUGCAGGCCGAUUCUUCGCAAAAACUUCAUGAUCUCAAAUCAGCGUCGAUGUCUGACGUCAGACAGAUUUUCGCUUGGAAUGAAGAUGUACCCCAGCCCUUCAAACAGUUACUGCACCAUCUGUUUACAAAAAUGGCAAAAGAAACUCCGGAAGCCAUGGCUAUCAAUGCAUGGGAUGGGACCUUCACAUAUUCAGAGCUUGACCAGGCUUCUUCACACUUAGCCAAGAUCCUUAAACUUUCAGGCGUCAAGCAAGAAAUUAUGGUUCCAAUUUUCUUUGAGCACAGCAAGUGGGCCGUGGUAGCUAUGCUAGCGGUGCUCAAAGCCGACGGUGUAUUCGUUCCUCUCGACCCUCACCAGCCAGCCCUGAGAAGGAAGAGGUUACUCGAACAGGCUCAUGGUCCAGUCAUCAUAACAUCCACUUUAUACGCCGACUUGGUGCAUGCCAGCGAUCGUGGGAUAAUUGUAGUCGAGGCUUCUUUAUUCGAGUAUGCUCAGCUCAAGGCCGACACGCCUCAAGACUCGGAUAUUUGCACAGAUAUCAAUCCUGAGUGCGCUGCAUAUAUCCUCUUUACUUCCGGGAGCACAGGUGAACCGAAGGGUGUGGUUAUGCCACACCGAGCUGUAAGCACCAGCUUGACUCGCCGCACCAAAACCCAGGGAUUUGGCCCUGAGUCUCGGGUACUGCAAUUUGCCUCCUAUACAUUCGACGUCAUGAUAGACGAAAUAUUCAUGACGAUCCUAUCUGGAGGAUGUGUGUGCAUCCCCUCGGAUGACGCUCGUAUGAGCGAUUUAUCAGGAGCUAUCAGAGACCUCGGAGUAAAUACUAUUGGUGUAACACCCACCGUGGCUCGACAAAUCGAACCCAAAGAUGUGCCAGGUGUCACUACAGUCAUGCUUUGGGGCGAAGCUGUCUCUCGCAAUGAUCUGGUCCGAUGGGGUCGUCUCCGAAAUAUCUUGCUUUUAUAUGGACCGACAGAAGCCUGUAUCAUCUGUGUCCAUUUCACCGUAGAUGCGGAUAAUCUUCCAUAUGCUAGUAUGAUCGGGAAGACAGUAGGAGCAACAGGUUGGGUAGUCAACGCCCGGGACCACAACCAGUUAGUUCCUAUUGGAGCAGUUGGCGAACUCCUAAUUGAGGGCCCAGGUUUAGCUCGCGGCUAUCUGAACAAUGACGAAAAGACACAGGCAUCCUUCAUCUACGACCCGGAAUUCCUACGCUACGACAAGCAAUAUUCUCAGGAGCGACAUGGCAGAAGGAGGCUUUAUAAGACAGGCGACCUUGUUAGAUAUGACGUUUCUGGAUCUCUCGUGUAUCUCGGGCGGAAAGAUGAUGCACAGAUUAAGCUAAACGGCCAGCGAGUCGAGCUUGGAGAGGUCGAAAUACAGCUUGCACACAGCAUACCUAAUGCUAAUCACAUAGUCGCCGAUAUCGUCACUCUGUCAGGGGGCCAACGACUACUGGCCGCAUUCAUCAACUUCCAUGUUGAAGACUUGACACCAGCGGCACAUGCUAAGUCCCCGAGAUCAGUUAAUCUUCAAAUCAUCAUCCAAAAAGUGGAAAUCGAGAAUGAGAUGCUGAAACGGUUGCCAAGAAACAUGAUACCCUCGGCCUUGUUCGCUGUCGAAUAUAUUCCUCGGACUUUGGCUGGUAAAGUUGAUCGCAAGCAGCUUCGUGAAGCAGCGGCAACUUUUACGAUAAGCGAUCUCAACCAGAAACAUAGCCAGGAAAAAAUCACCCGACCGCUCAGCGAUAAUGAAAGAAAAUUGCGAAAGAUAUGGGCCGAUACGCUCAAACUAGAUGUAUCGGCAAUUUUCGUCACGGAUAACUUCUUCGAAUUGGGCGGCAACUCAGUCACCGCGAUGAUAGUCGCUAGCCAGGCACGAAGGCAGGCAAUGGAGAUUACCGUCGCGGAUAUCAUCCGUAGCCCCAGAAUUUGCGACCUUGCCGCAAACGUAAAGUCAUCAGUACUGCGGAAGGGCACGACAAUACCACCAUUCUCUUUGCUUGAGCCCACAAACUAUAAGCAGGUUUUCCAAGAGAUAACAGCUGUGCACGGUUUGUCCCCAGAUACAAUCGAGGACCUCCUACCGUGUAGUCCACUUCAGGAAGGUCUACUAUCCUUGACUAGCCUGGAAGGCGAUUACGUCUUUCAAAGGGUCCUUCAAAUCUCAGAAAAUGUUGAGAUAAACAAGCUUUGCAAAGCAUGGGAGGCUGUCGUGCAUGAACUUCCAAUACUGAGAACAAGAUUCUUCAUGGUGGCACAGCAUGAUAUCAUCCAAGCCGUACUGAAACAAGGGAUAGAUUGGAUUCAAGCUGUAAAUCUUGAAGAGUAUCUCAAAUCCGACAUAGCAAAUCCAAUGGGCCUAGGAGAUCCCAUGUCGCGCUACGCUAUCAUCACCAGCGAAUCGGGCAAAGAGCGAUGGUUCGUAUGGACGAUUCAUCACAGUUUAUACGACGGCUGGGUCUUGUCCCGGAUCCUGGAUAUGGCUGAGCGCGCAUACAAUGGAAGAAGUCUUGGAAAGCCCAUCGGUUUUGGCCAUUUUAUCAAAUACUUUCUAGAGCGAGAUAAGGUAAAGGCUGGAGAGUUUUGGAGGUCCUACCUUGCUGAUUUGCCUAUCCCUCCACAGCUACUCAAAUGUGGCCAGAAUAUCGAACCAGCCCGGAGAGCCUUCUUGCGAAAAGAAAGAGCUUUAAGAUUAGAGGCAAGGGAUCACGUACCUUCAACCUUCAUACGCGCAGCUAUGGGUGUUACUCUUGGAAAGAUUACCGGCCUGAACGAUGUGGUUUUUGGAACUACAGUGACCGGUCGUGGUUGUCCAGUAUAUGGCAUUGAAGACAUAAUGGGACCUACCAUCGCCACGGUGCCAGUUCGUGUCGAUUUCAAAACUAAGCAAACAGUCAAAAACUUCCUGGACACGCUGCAGUCCCAAGCUAUGGCGAUGCUACCGUUUGAACACGAGGGACUUCAAAAUAUCGGGCGGAUGAGUCAGUUCUGCCGAGAUGCUUGCCAAUUCCAAGCCUAUUUGGUAAUUCAGCAAGAUCAUCCUGCCUACUCGGACCCUGGGACUCUGGGAGAGUGGCGACAAGAGUUGGACCGUGGUGGACUGAGUACGUAUCCCGUUGUGAUGGAGUGCUACGUACGUGAGGACAGUGUAGAAAUUCGGACAAGCUUCAAUUCAGAGACAGUAUCGGAGAGCGAGAUGGAAGGAAUUCUGGAUUAUUAUUUCCGUGUCUUGGAGAAACUACUGGAAGCAGGUGCCCGCUCUCUUAGGAAGCUUCAGGAUAUCAUCGUCAUUCCCGAGGUUGAUUUAAAGCAGCUGUGGGGAAAGAAUAGUACAGUGUCGCAACUCGUCGAAUUCAGGAGGCAGCUGAAGGAAAUGGAUCGGAAACUGGCACAUCUCAUCGAGGAAUCACUCAACCGGGGCGGCAGCAAAACAACGACUGAGGAUACAAAGGCUUUAGCGUCUAGGCUGGACGGCACUCAAGACCAGUCAAACGGCCCGCCCGUGGAUCUUGAAGACAUUGAGUACCAGAUUGGAAGUCGCCUUAGCAACGUUGUACAGGCAGUUGCUGAUUUUGUCACUUUCCUGGAUGGCGAGCGAGCACUUGUGGCCUUUGUCCUUCUCCGGAGUAGUGAUGGAGAGUCAACCGAUGGAGCACCAUUACUCCAAAUCAUCACAAGCAACGAAAUUCGUGACUCUGUUUCGAAACAAAUGCCGCAGCAUCUGGUACCAGCAGUGUUCUUCUCAAUUCAGAGCGUCCCCCGCACCAUAACGGGAAAUGUGGACCGCCAGCUUCUUCGAGAAGCAGCCGGAAAAUUAGAGCUAUAUAAGCUGAAGACUCAACAAGAAGGCGCUUGGCGUCCGCCCAGUAAGGAAGAAAGAGAGCUCUUGCAGAUUUGGGCUACUGUUCUUGAGCUCGAAGCAUCUACAAUCGGCGUAAACGACAACUUUUUCAGGUUGGGAGGUGACUCUGUUUCAGCCAUGAAAGUCGCUGCUGCCGCUCGCGCCUUCGGUCGAAGUAUAUCUGCCUCGAGCAUUGUCAAAUAUCCCACUAUCGCCCAGCAAAUUGCGAACACUUCAAUCCAGAAGGAUCCAGGGCUAGUUCUCACAACACCAAAGCCCCAUGAGUUGGUUCAUGACUGCCAAAGAGAAGAAAUUAUGCAAUCCCUUGCAACGAAGGGAUUAGAAGGCGAUGUGCUUGAUAUCUUGCCAACAACUGAUUUCCAAAGCAAAAUCGUCAUGGACGCAAUUUCUAGCCCGGAAUCUGCAUUGAACUACAUCUGCGUGGACCUUGGACAUUCGGUCAAUCUCGACAACCUUCAGAAUGCCUGCAAAGCUCUUGUGGACAAGAUAGAAAUUUUCCGGACGGUAUUCGUACUUUCGAAGGGCAAAGCGUGGCAGGUCGUCCUAAAGAGAUUACCAGUCAAGUUGGCCAAAUUCGAGGUUCAAGAUGACAGCUUUGCCGAGAUCUAUUGCAGAAUACGCUCAGAGCCUUGCUCGUUCGAUGUUCCUACUCUGUCAUUCAAUCUCGCUCGGACUCGGGGCCUGGGUUACAGACUACUCAUUGGCAUAUCGCAUGCACAAUACGACGGUCUUUCUGUGCCCAUGAAUUUCGACUAG